UGAUGGGAUAUGAUCCAGUUUUUAGGUAAAAAUAUGCUGUUUAAAAAAACAGACCUACAUGGUUUUGAGUUAGUAAGUUGAUAAAAUACUUUAUCACCCUGAAUUUUUGGUUCCGAUAAACUAUGUGUUGCACUGUUUUAUUUUUAUCAGACACAAGGUCACAUCAUGUAGUGGGGAAGGAGUCCUGGAUUCUCCUCCAGACUCCAUAACUCAAUAUCCAAAUCAUCCAGACAAAUCAUACUCUCUCCAGGGCUCCUUUCUAAAAAUUUAUUUAGGGCCAGGGAUUUAGCUCAGUGGUUUUGCCGCCUGCUGCUCAAGUGCAAGGACCGGAGUUCGAUCCCCGGUACCAAAAAUAAAUAAAAAAAUAAAAAAAUAAAAAAAUAAAUAAAUAAAUAAAAAUUUAUUUAAAAAGAAAAAGAGGUGGCUUUGGAGGAAUAGGGCAAGGUUUGCCUAUGAUCUAAGAAAUCCUUUCUAGUAAAAUUCAGUUAGGAUGAGUAAAGGCGAUUUAAGUUGAAAAUGUAGAUUUGCACAGUGAACCACAGUGAUAUUUUACUUUUGAACUAAGAAUUUUAAUAAUGAUCCCGCCACCCCUUAAACUUCACAGAAAACAAUACUCCAUUUAUUUAUUUAUUGAGACAAGGUCUCAUUAUGUAGCCCAGGCUGGCCUCAAACUUGUGGCAAUCCUCCUGCCUCACCCUCCUGAGUGCUGGGAUAACAAGCAUGGCACAUCAUGCCCAGCUAAUUUGGCAGUUUAUAACACAGUUCCAUCUUUGACACCAAAAUCAUUUUACUAAUAUCUUUAGCAUUUAAAGAGUUACUUCUAGUAGCAGACUUUGCGAGUGCUGAUGGCACCCAAAGUAGGAAAUGACAAAAUUUUAUCCUUCUUUGCACUUUGCGCCUCAUGAAAUAAAAGUCAGAAAUACAAGUUAUUUCACACGUCCUCAAAAGGCUCAGCUAAAACAGGCUACUGGAGGUGUUGCAUUAGGAAAACAGAAAAAUCAUUUCUAGAUGAAAAUAAAACACACAGAAGCCUCCAAAUUGGCAAGAAAGAGCAGUUAUAUGAUUCGUUUAGUUAUUUAAGAGCUAGGAUGCAAGAGAUCGUCAGAGGCUUUCCUAAUUUUUCACCACCAGGGUAGUUUUAGUCAUUUUUAUACCGGGUAUUUCUUAUAAAAAUAACUUCACGAGGAGGGGCCCUACUAAACUCCAGCUUUACUGAGCUUUGCAACCUUACUGCCCAUCUCUUUAUGGCAUUGAGGAUGCAUCAGCCAGUAAUCAGAUCAUAACGGGGAAAUCAGGCAGAGAAACCUCGAACAAAUUAUAUUUUUAAAGGAUGUGGUCAUUCCAAGACAGAAAAUCCAAGCUGGCUACAAUUUCCCUGUCUAUGUUGCAAAGGGCUAGGUUGGGCUGGGUACAAGAAAAGGAAAGCAGAGCUCAGCUGGGGCCGGAGAGCUGCAGUGGGAACAAAUUCCCAAACACAUAAUGUGAAACAAAGCAGCCCGGAGGACGCGACCUGCCUCGGAAAGGGUGCCCACGAGGCUCAGUCUGGGUGAGUUCAGGUGUGGGGCGUGUUACCCAGCGCCCCUGGCCGGGAGCCCCAUUCACCUGGGCGUGGCUCUUGCCAGUGCACACCGCAGCCUCCCGAGUGUCCGCGUGCAAAGUCACUGCUUAAUCCAGGUCGCCCCGGGCUAAUUAGAGCCUCUUCACGGAAGAAGGAGGAGCCAAGGACUUCUUUCCUAAGCACAGGGGCAUCAGGAGGUCGACAGUCUUCCGGCCCAGCGGGGCCGCCUUCCUUGGACACUGCCAGGCCAAGGGCCCCUAGGGACUCGCGCCAACCGAGGGCAAUUGCUUCCUUACUCCCAACCUGCUCCAGGGACCCUCCCUGGUGAUCGGCGGCCAGUCGGGUCUCAGAAUCAGGCCCCUGCCAGGGCCGCUUCCUCCCCGGCCCCGGUCUUUGGUUCGCAGCCAGCAGUCGGGGCGCCGGGCGGGGCGCGUCCCGGAGGCCUAGGCGGCGCGCUAUUCCUGUCGCUGUGAGCUACCGGCAUGUUAUGUCCAGCGCCCAAUCAAGUCUCCAACACUCCGCACUGACCUGUGCCCCCCCUCCGUUCCUAAUCCCCCAAGCUUUGAUUUGAUCCUCUGCGCAGAACAAGCUCACCCCCCCUUGCCCCAUAGUCACUUGUCCCUGGCCCUCACGGGUGCUCCCAGAACCCGUGCUCCUCGUCCACCCCCAGAAGAGCAGAGCUCUCUCCCCGCGCUCCUGACGUCUGUCUGGAGUCAGGGCCGCAUCUGCAUGUUUGCGCCGUCGGAGACCCAGCACCCACGCUGUCCACUGGCAGCUCAGGCCUUCCAGGCCCCUGGCGCGUAGGUGUGGUCUCCCCAAAUUGGGUCAGGGAGGAGGCUUUGGGCAACGCGCUAGCAGCUUCUGCAGCGGCUGAAACCAAGCCCCGCAACUCCCAGACGGCUCCACAUUCCGCACCCUCUGCUGCUAGGGGCUUUUGGGAACCUUUCCCAGACCGGAUUUUCGCUGAGAGGGGCAAGGUGCGACUGGUGGACCUAGGUGAAGGCGCCCCGGGCUUUAAGUUGAGCAGGCAAGGGUCUUGGGGAUUCCGUGUCCCGAGAUGUCUCCGUCUGCGCCCGGCAGCUUCCCGCCCAGGGCAUCAUGAGUUACUUCCUGUCUUACUGCAAAGCUCACAGCGGCGCGCUGCUCACCGGCUACCAGGCCCUGCGCGCAGAGGGCUUCUUGUGCGACGUGACACUGGAGGCGGAGGGCAGCGAGUUCCCGGCGCACAAGUCCCUCCUGGCGUGCUCCAGCGACUACUUCAGAGCCUUGUUUAAGAGUCACACCCAGGAAUCCCGGGCGCGCGUGAUCCACCUGCAUGUACCGUCGGCGGCCGGCCUGCAGCGCCUGUUGGACUUCAUCUACACUGCCUGGCUGCCGCUCUCCAUGGACACCAUGGAGGACACUCUAGAGGCCGCUAGCUAUCUGCAGGUCACUGAUGCCCUGGUUCUGUGUGGCCGCUACCUGGAGCGCCACUUGGCCCUAGAAAACUGCUGUUUCACCGCCAAUGUGGCAGCACGCUUCGGCCUGGCGCACACGCUGGGCGUGGCGGAGCGCUGCGUGGUGCGACACCUGCGGGAUUUACUGUGGCUGGGCGCAGGCCCGGCGGGGCUGCUGGAGCUCAAUCCGGUGUCCCUGAGGGCCGUGCUGGGUGCCCCGGAUGUGGCGCGGGUGCCCGAGGCUUGGUUGCUGGGGCUGGCGCUGGCCUGGCUGCGGCAGGAGCCCGCAGCCAAACGCCAGGAGCACAGCUCAGCGCUGCUGGAAUGUAUUCGCUUCGGCCUGGUGCCUGCCGAGGUGCUGCGGCGCGUGUACUCCGGCUCUGGCCUUGUACUACCGCCCCGGGUCAAGGGCCUCAUCAUCCAGGCCCUCAACUACCACAGGGCACCGUCCCGCCAGCCGCUUAUGCAGGGAGAACAAACCAGCAUCAGGAGUCCCCAGACCCGCAUUUUGUUGGUUGGGGGACGCAGGGCCCGGGAAGCCAUAACCGAAGAGGUCGUGGCUCCUCUCGUGGCAGCCAGGGACAGGGGGGCCAUGGCUGAGCCGGAGGAGGAGGAAGAAGAGGAAGAGGUAGAAGUAGAGGAAGAAAAGGAGUGGGAGCUCACCCAGGAUGUGGUGUCCUUCGACGUAUACAAUCACCGCUGGCACAGCCUUACACAGCUGCCAGCACCCCUGUUGGGACACAGCGUGUGUACUGUGGGCAACUUCUUGUUUGUGCUGGGCGGGGAGAGCCCUUUGGGCAUCACCUCCACUUCCCUAGCCGAUGAGCCGCGGGUGGUGACAGCUCAAGUGCACCGUUACGACCCGCGUUUCCACGCUUGGACAGCGGUGCCUGGCAUGAGAGAAGCUCGGGCCUACUUCUGGUGCGGCGUGGUGGGCGAGAGUCUCUUAGCUGUAGGGGGCCUGGGCACCCGCGGCGAGGCGCUGGCCUCUGUGGAGAUGUACGACCUGCGCAGGGACCGCUGGGUGGCUGCCACGGAGCUGCCCAGGGCCUUGCAUGGCCACGCAGGGGCCGUUGGGGAGCGCGGUGUCGUGUACAUCUCUGGGGGCAAGGCGGGGAGCGGUGAGGGUGCAGCGAGCAGCCUCCGUGACUUGUAUGCCCUGGGCCCUGGGGAGCAGGCGUGGAGCAAGAGGGCGCCUAUGGGCACGGCCCGCUUUGGGCACCACCUCGCAGUACUGCGGGGCGCAGUGUUCGCCUUUCUGGGAAGAUACGAGCCCUUCUCUGAGAUUGAGCGCUAUGACCCUGGCACAGACCAGUGGACUCGGCUGCGGCCACUACCCUAUGACCGCUUCUGCUAUGGGCUGGCCGUGGUGGAGGAGACGGUGCUGCUGCUGGGCGGCCUCAAGUGGCAGGACUCACGCCAGGUACCCACCCGUAACGUGGUCGGCUAUGACCUCGACCUGGACCGUUGGGAGGACAUCAGCUGUGCUCUGCCCUGGGCCUGGGAAGGUCUGCAGUGCGCAGUGCUGCAGCUGCCUGAGAGUGAGGAGGAGAAAAAGGAGGAAGAGCCUGGAAAAGUGUUAGACUUGGUUUUAGGUUGAAUGGGCUAGUCCAGUAUGGAGGACAGAGGAGGAAGUCGUGCCCAAUUGGGCUUAGAGAGCAACAGAUGGGCUUUUUCUAAAUUUGGGAUUCUGGUAGCAGAAUGGCUUCUGGAGGCUCAAGAGGCAAAUAAGGCCUUGGCCAAAGAGAAACAGUUCCCCUUGAGCUGAGAAUGCGAGACAGGAGAGGUCAAAUAGAAGGAUUUCUGAGUCAGCUUCAGUAAGCUAGUGAAUUUUAGAGACUAACGCUGGGCCAGAUACUCAACUUUCAGAAAUGAAAUGUGACCUUAUUUCCCCUCUAAUGUUUCCCUAGGUGCCAAUCAAUGAUUACUUUUGUGCAUCUCCCCAAAAGCCCCCAAAAUGUAAAAGACUUCAUCAAACCUCAGAAACUGUUUUUAGCCUGUAAUAAAUACUACUAGAAGAUGGCAUUGUCCUAAUAGAGAAGGGAAAGUGCCUUGGUUAAACAGUAUGGAAUAUUUGUAAAAACAAUGAUUUUAUGAUCCAGAGACAUAGAUUUUGUAAUAUGGAACUAAAGAAAAACAAUCCCCAAGAAAGCAUUCUUUGAAAAAGCAUCCUUGGUUAAAUUUUACUGCUCCUGGUCCCCACUCCUAGUCUGCUUUUGUGCUGGUUUUAGGCAAAUCUGGUUUAAAGUCAUAUUUAAAAAACAGCUUAUUUUGGUGCCUCCCCCUUCCCCAAAAGAAUCACAGAGAGAGGAAAGAGGAGGUAAAGUUUCAAGUUUGUGUCAGGUAUGUGAGAAAUAAGCUUGAUUUUCAAGGUCUCAGGGAAGACACUUGUAACCUCUGAACAGGUGUACCACCUGUUCCAGGUGAACUUGUUCCACCAGUGAGGUGGCAAUGUUAGAACUCUUAACUGGAAUGACGGUAGUGUGAUUAGAUCACAAAGAAAUGUGGUAAGGACUUUGAGUGAAUAAAGUAGGUGCUUUAUAAGGAUUCAUUAAGAGCUGAAUUUAUUUGACUUCAGUUUACAGUGCUGCCUCUCUCCUAGAUUUGAAACUAAUGCAAUAAAUUGUACAGAUAUAUAGUGUUAAAAGGUCUCUUUCAUGCUAGACUAGGCACGAGUUUUGUCAAAUUUAUUAGUUUAAUUUUUACCACUUAAAACAACAGAACUGACUUUACAAAUGUAGAAGCUUCUGAGUAGCGACAGAGCUAGUCUUCCCAUCAAAUGCCUGCUGUUCACAGGCCACAACCUGGCCAUUAAUAUACAUGACACAUCCAUCAGGUACAAAUAUUUUUAAGUGAACAUACACAUUUGGUCUAGUAAACAUCAAUAAGUCUAAACAACUGUAACGAGCACACUUCA